AUGGCCGCGCACGUCGCCGCGAUGAUUGGCUUUAGGACCGCGCUCGCCGCUCCGCGUGCGCUUCGGCGCGUUCCCCGCUCCCGCGCCGCCCGAGAGACGCGCGGGGGUAACGACGGUGGUUUCCCCGUGGUCAGGGCGGAGAUUCGCAGGAUAGCCUCCCCCGACGGCACGGUGGUGGACCUGCCGAACGUGACGUUCAAGCGCCCCCCGGCGGUGGACCGCGCCGCGUGCAAGAGCGGCAUGAUGCACAUCGGCGUCGGCGGCUUCCACAGGUCCCAUCAGCAGGCGUUCAUGAACGAGCUCCUCGACGUCAACUUCGACGUCGCCAAGAACUGGUGCACCACGGGCGUGGGCGUCAUGCCAAACGAUUCAGCGAUGCGCGAUUACCUGCGCGAUAACGACUGGACGUAUCCCAUCGUGGCGCGCUCCGGCACCGACGCGAGCACGAUGCGCGCGGAGGUGGAGGAGGUGUACGCGCUGCGGGACAUGAUCCUCGCGUUCGAGGAUCCGAUCGCGUGCAUCGAGGCGAUGGCCAACCCCGACGUCAAGAUCGUGUCGCUGACGAUCACAGAGUUUGGCUACAGGGUUCCUCUCAACUCGAGCGACUUCAAGUUCAUCGAGCGCGCGUUGAACGGCGAGAUGGACUGCGAGACGCCGUACCCGGAGGACAUGGAGAAGCCGUCGACGUUCGGAAUCAUCUGCGCCGCGGCGGCGGCGCGGUUCGAGCGCGGCCAGCGGCCGUUCACGCUGAUGAGCUGCGAUAACCUGCCUCACAACGGCGACGUGUGCAAGGGGCGAAUGACCUCCGCCGCCGAGGAGCUGGUGUGCGCUGGCCUGUGCUCGGUCAGCCUCGACGAGUUUGUCGUCUGGCUUCAGAACGAGGUGCGGUACCCGAGCACCAUGGUGGACCGCAUCACCCCGGCCACGUCUUGGGACGACAUCGCGACCAUGCCGGACAAGUACGGCUUCGAGGAUAAGUGGCCGGUGAUGUGCGAGCCGUACAAGCACUGGGUCAUCGAGGAUGAUUUCGUCGACGGCGCGAGGCCGCCGUGGGAGACGGUCGGCGCGACGCUGACCAAGGACGUGGUGUCGCACGAGCUCAUGAAGGUUCGCCUCCUCAACGUCACGCACAGCGCCAUGUGCUACGUCGGCAUCCUCGCGGGGCUGACGCACGUCCACGAGGCGUGCCUGCACUCGAAGAUCCGCUCGUACUUGGAGCUCGUGAUGCUCGAGGAGAUCGCCCCGACGCUUCGCGCCAACCCCGAGAUGGACAAGUCGCUGUGCGAUCGCAUCCCCUCGUACGCGCGGAGCGUUCUGGAACGUUUCGAGAACGUCGCCGUGAAGGACCAGCUGGACCGCAUCGCGAUGGACGGGAGCGAAAAGUUCAGGGUGCAGGGCUCGGGCGUCAUUCGCGAGGGGAUCGCGCUGGGACUUCCCAUGGACGCCUUCGCGCUGUACGUCGCGGCGUGGGCGCACUUCGUCAAGCGCGAGGUGGAGGCUGGCGUGGAGGUGAAGGACAUGGGCGCGCAAGGGGUCACCGCGCCGUUCCGCCCCGGAGGCACGGGGCUCCCCGCGUUUUUGGACAUGGUCGACAUCUUCGGAGAUUUGGCGAUGGACCUGACCUGGCGACAGAACGUGACGCGGAUGUACGACACCAUCAACGAGCACGGCAUGGAGUUCGCGCUGGACGUCGUCCUCGGCACGGUGUCCGCGUUCCCAGACUCCAUUCGCAGCGAUCUGCGACUGGACAACCCGACUCGCGCACAGGAGGCGCAGCAGCUGGCGGGGGACGAAGCCGUCGUGGCCGUCGUCAACCCCGCGCGGCUCGCGUCGGCGGAGACCAUCAUGUACACCUCGGAGAUGCUGAUGGGCGAGGGGUCCUCCGUGAACGUCAACGCCAGGUGAGAGGACUGUUUUGUUUUGCUUUAUAGCGCGCCGGCGGAAAGCUCGCCGCGGUCGGUCACCGGACCCGCGCCACUUCACGGGCCAAAGUCGAAAGAUCCCGACUGCUCGAAUGUACCACCAUCAGUAAAGAAUACGAUCCCAUCAUUAAAGAGUUC